AUGAAUGAUGACAUUGAGAGAGCUUGUAGAUCCUGCAGUGUAUGUGUGAAAUACCAGGAUGCUGACCCGAAAGAACCUCUCCACCCACACACUGUACCCCUAAAACCAUGGCAGUCCAUAGCUUCUGACCUGUUUGAGGUCAAAGGUCGCCAGUUCCUGCUAACUGUGGACAGAAACUCUAAAUACCCACUCGUGGAUGAAAUGUCCAUGCCUGUGUCCGGCCAUGCAGUCACACAAAAGUUACAAGGGUAUGUGUCACUGUUCGGACGAGUGGACGAGAUUUUUACAGACAAUGGGCCACAAUACACAGGACAGGCCUUCAAAGAGUUUGUUAAGGACUGGGGUAUCAAUCACAUUACAAGUUCACCCCAUUACCCGAAGGGCAACAGGUUUAUCGAAAGGCAUGUGAGACACAUAAAGUCCAUAGUGACAAAAUCUAUCAAACAAAGAGACAACCUACAGAUGGCACUACUGCAGGCCAGGGCUACGCCUAUCGACAGUAAGCUGCCGUCGCCUGCAGAACUGAUGUUUGGAAGGCCAGUCACCACCCUGCUGCCGAGCCGUUUGUUCCCCCCUUAG